AUGUCCGAUCACGAGUUUGGAGGCAAUGACGACCUCUCCCUCCCAAAAGCCACUGUCCAAAAGAUUGUCUCAGAAAUUCUACCCCCCUCAGAAGGCGUGGCUUUUGCCAAGGAGGCCCGCGACCUUCUCAUCGAGUGCUGUGUCGAGUUCAUCACCCUGAUCUCGUCCGAGGCAAACGAAAUCUCAGAGAAGGAGGCCAAGAAGACCAUUGCCUGCGAUCACAUCACCAAGGCUCUCGAGCAACUAGGCUUCACCGACUACGUCCCUGCUGUCCUUGAGGCAGCAGCCGAGCACAAAGAAGUCCAAAAGGGCCGAGAGAAGAAGGCGGACAAGUUCGCCAGCAGUGGCAUGUCCAUGGAGGAGUUGGCUCGUCUACAGGAAGAGCAGUUCGCGGCGGCGAGAGAACGCCAUGGCUAG